AUGGUCAUCGAUGCCUUCCGUCUCUCCUUUCUAACCUCCCCCGAUUCUCCAAUGUCCUUCACAAAAUCCUCUCUAAGCUCCGCCCCCAAUCCAGCAAUCCUUUUUGAUGCCUAUGCCCGAAUGCCUACAGUAACCCUGCCACGUAUCACCGCCUAUAUCACAGGCACUCUCCCCUCGUUUGGGACGAUUCUAACGAAUCUGGCGACUGAUGAGAUAAAAAUCGAUAAUUGGAUUUCUCGAUUGAGCAAUGCCGGCAAGCGGAUUCACUUUUUUGGCGACGACACGUGGAUUCGACUGUUGCCCGGGAAAUUUGAAAAAUCAGAAGGCGUUACCUCGUUUUUCGUGAACGACUACACGGAGGUAGAUCAAAAUGUGACAAGGAAUCUGGAUUCGGAGCUUCUAGAAGCUUCUGAGAGUCCCUGGGAUGUUCUAAUUCUCCACUAUCUCGGCCUCGACCAUAUCGGCCAUUCGCUAGGUGGAAAUUCGCCGAAGAUUCCGGAAAAAUUGAAAGAAAUGGAUAAAAUUGUAAAAAGGAUUUUCGAAUUUUUGAGUUCCGAAAGUUCCCAAGAAUCCUAUUUGAUCGUUUGUGGAGAUCAUGGCAUGACAUCUGCCGGCUCUCAUGGCGGAGCGAGUCCCGAUGAGACACGCGUCCCAGUGAUCAUUUGGAAAAUUGGAGACCAAAAAAUCGAUAAUCGAUUCACAGAACCACCCAGAAUCGAGCAAAUCGACUUGUCGGCCACAAUCUUUGACCUAUUCAAUUUGAAUUUCCCGCCUGAGUCCUACGGUAUCUCGCUGGCCCACUAUUUUCGUGGCGAAACCCAGGAAGGGCUGAGAAAGCAACAUGAGCAUUUCAAAGCGCUGGUGAAAGAAAAACAGCUUGGAACAUCUGACAUUUGCGAAUCUAGCUGCGAUUAUUCGGAUAUUUUUGUGAAAAAUUCGCUGAAAAAAUGGUUCCGAAGCGUUCAGGACGAGCUGAUCGGCACGGCUUCGGAAAUUCCGACGGCGUCGAUUUGGAUUUGUGUUUUUAUCUUGGCGGUGGCCACAAUCUUGUCUACUGCUUCCCAAGGCAACUACCCAAAUCUACUGAUUCUACUGAUAAACCUUAUCAAUUUCGCGAGUAGCUUAAUCGAGGAGGAGCACGAAGUUUGGUACUUCUUGGGGAGCACCGCUGUGGCAAUUAGAUUGAUUCUAUGCAUCGAAAAAAGAGAAUUCGCAAAGGCACGACUAGCUCUUGUACUCGGAAUUCUUCAUAGAAUCUCGUUUGGAUACAUGCAAAGCACCCGACGGAGAUGGGAAAUGGACCCUAAUCUCCUUCCGCAACCCUUUUUUUCUGACUUUUUCGAUAAAGAAGAAGUUAUGGAUUUAAAUGAGUUUUUCAAAGACAAAGCAGCCUUUGCUAUUGCAAUACCCCUUCUACUUUGCGCUGAUAAUAAGCAAAAAGUUUUGAUUGUGACUCCUAUACUAGCUCAAUCUUUUGAAUACCUUGGAACCCCUUCAUUCUUCCACAAUUUCAUUCGAUUCUCUGUGUUUCCCAUAUAUUAUCUCACCGAUUCCCCACUACACGCAGUAGCUCCAUGGAUCCUCCUCCUGGCUCCAGAAUCUCAAUUGCCCUUGUGUCUUCUCGCUUUCCUAAUUGGUCUAUGCACAAGAAUAUUGAAACUUGGGGAUGUGGAAAGCUUGAUCUUCUGCAUGUCGAGCUUCUUUUAUUUCGGAAACUCCAAUAGUCUAUCCACUCUAUCCCUAACUUCUGCCUACAUCGGACUUCAAGAUUACUAUCCGAUUUUGGUUGGAAUUCAGCUGAUUCUCUACACUUUUGCCGGCCCGAUAUUUUUCUUUUUGGGAAGGUUUGGUAGCAAGCGGGCGGGUAGCAGCUACCCGUUCGCUACCCGCCCGUCAUGGAAAGCCUAUGGGAAUCUCGUCGCGCCGUCUGAAGUUUUAUUCCCGCGACGCGACCGCGCUGCAUCUGAAGUAACUAAUUUUUGGAGACAAAUUCAAUUUUUUCCAAGUUUAAGCAAAUUUUCAGAUCUUUUUCUCCAAAAAAAACUUGAAAUUUACAGAGAUCCUCCACCAUUUCUCUCCCCAUCAACAUCUUGGCUCCGCCUCUUCUUCUCCUACCGAAUCUUCUCCCUAGCCAUCUCUUUAAUCUGUCUUUAUCAUUUCCAAAAUCAUUUGUUUGUAUGGUCUGUGUAUUCUCCCAAAGUCGUGUACGAUAUGGCUCAUGUCAUAUUUUCGGGUUUCGUUAGCUUUUAUUAUCCAUAA